AUCGAAGCCAAUAAUUUUUGCAUUCGGACACAAUGAUUUUCAGCCAAUGGAGAGCCAGCCUCAGCCUUUUGUUUACACGACUUUCGACCAAUGAGGUGAGAGAUUCGAUUGUGUUUUUGUCUUUGAGGACCAAUCAGAACGGAGGAUCGGUCGAGAAACGUUUUAUUUACAUCGUCGGGAUUCGUGUUCUUCCCGUGAAGUUGAAAUGGAAUGAAGAAUUCCCUCUCGGACGACUGUCAAGGCGGAAGCGUAUAAGCAAUACCAAAAUGCUGUACCUCGAAGACUUCCUAGAGGUCAUUGAACAAAUACCUCAGGAAAUACGAGACCGGACAACGGAUCUGCGCGAGCUAGACCUGGGCAUUCAGAACACCUCCGACCAGCUGGAGGAGCAGAUCAAGAUCUUCUUCGGCAAUGCCAAGAAGAUGAAGCCCCAGGAGCGAGAGGCGGAGUACGAGAAAAUUCGUAAAGAAUAUUAUAAGUUGCUGGACGAUGCGGAAGAAAAGGUGCAAGUUGCGACCAACAUGCACGACUUACUAGAGCGCUACAUGAGGAAGCUUGACCAAGAAUUGGAGAAAUUUAAGUGUGAACUUGAAGCUGACAGCCCUGGUAUCACUGAGGUGCUAGAGAAGCGAUCUCUAGAGUUAGAUGAACCUAUCAGAGACAAUCAAAAGGAAAACCGUAACGUCACGCAUAGUUAUCGAAAUUCCGAGCGUCGGCAGUCCUCAUCUUCGGCGGUAAUUAUCAAGAAAGAAGAAAGAAUAGAACCCAGCUUGCCGACAGGUUUAUCCACAUCCCCUCCAUCUUCAUCAACCAUAGCCUACACACUGGGCCACAUGGGUGCUGGCAGUAAUGCUAUUGCUGCAGCAGCAUCUCAAGCAAUAGCUGCUACACAACAGAUGCAACAGGGUCGUCGUACAGCAAGUCUCAAGGCAUCAUAUGAUGCUGUCACUUCAGGUGUUCAUCCAACAGAAUUCUCCAUUGGGAGUGAGUUAGCAAAUGCUGCCCAAACUGCUCUUGCAGCUUCAUCACUUCCACAAGAGACGGCCACAACAACGAGCAGUAGUAGCACUAGCACUGGAUCCAGCAACAAGAAGCAGAAGAAGAAGCAUGGGGGAUCGACCAGUAGCCUAACUGCACCUGCUGUUAUGGAAGCUUCACCUGCACCUUCAGAAGACUUACUUCAAGAUGCACUUAUCGAUCCCAAUUCAGAAAAUCCAGACUGGACAUACGAUCCUAAUGAACCAAGAUAUUGUGUCUGUAAUCAAGUAUCAUAUGGUGACAUGGUUGCUUGUGAUAACCCAAAGUGUCCAGUGGAAUGGUUCCAUUACCCAUGUGUUGGUAUUACAGCUCCACCAAAAGGAAAAUGGUAUUGUCCACAGUGUUCAGCCACCAUGAACAGGAGAGCAAGAAAGUAAUUGUGAUGGCAAACAAGUGGAGAAAAUAGUGUGCAUAGUGGUUUAUUACUCUUAUUUUUUGUGUAUUCUUUUUAUAAAUUAAAAGGAGGAAAUUAUAUGUUGGUGCAUUAUGAGUAGUGGUAUUUAUUCAUGUUUUAUAUAAAUAAUUUCUUUUUCUAAAUCUGUGCACAUGCACAUACACAUGCCUCCCCCCUCGCUCUCUCUCUCUCUCUCUCUCUCUCUCUCUCUCUCUCUCUCUCUCUCUCUCUCUCUCUCUCUCUCUCUCUCUCUCUCUCUCUCUCUCUCUCUCUUUCUCUCUCUCUCUCUUUCUCUGUAUCUGUCUCUCUCACUCUCACUCUCUCACUCACUCUCACUCUCUCACUCACUCUCACUCUCAUUCACUCUCACUCUCACUCUCACUCUCACUCUCUCUCUCUCUCUCUCUCUCUCUCUCUCUCUCUCACUCUCACUCUCACUCUCACUCUCACUCUCACUCUCACUCUCACUCUCACUCUCACUCUCUCUCUCUCUCUCUCUCUCUCUCUCCAACUCUCACUCUCACUCUCACUCUCACUCUCACUCUCACUCUCACUCUCACUCUCACUCUCACUCACUUUCUCACGUGCUUGAACUUAUACUUGUACUCAUUCACACUCUCUUAAACGUAUAUAAAUGUAUACAUUCAUGCAGGUAUAUGUUAAACCCUUUUUUUCUUAUUUUCAUAGUUAUGGUUUGUUUUGUAUAUUUUUAUAUCCCAAUGUUGAUGACUAUUAUGCCAUGGUUUUGGAAUAUUAGUCUAAGAAAAUUACUAUUGGAAGGCAUCUAAUAAGGCAAAUUUUAUUAUUAAAACUGGAUCCAGAAUUACUGGUAACUUAGAAGCCUCGAGCAUUAUUAUAAAGGAAAUAUGCUUACAUUUUUUUCUUUACUUUUUAAAAUUUGUUGGGGAAAUAAAUUAUAAUAGGUUGGUUUGUGGAGAGAGUUAUGGAUUAUGAUAAGAAAUAACUAGAAGAUUGUUAUUUGAUACUUGUAUAGCAGCAAGUUUCAGAGAUUGAUUUCCAGUGGGCUUUCUUCUUGUUAUGAUUAUUUUAAGUAAAGUAUGAUUUAAAUGUACUUUAGGGACAGAUGGCAGUCAUGUAGAAGAAACUGACUGAAGUAAUAGAGCAACACCCAACUCAAAAAAUUGGAAUUGUAUAUAUAUGAAGGUUUAUUCCUCUACUGAAUGGUAUGGUUUAAAUUCAAGUGAAAAUUACGCAUAGUGCUGAUUCAAUAGUCACCAUUACUAUAUUUUGCUAAUAUUGGCAAUACUCAUUCUAUGACCUGAAUGAUGAUAUCAUGUGAGGAUAAAGUGAUGUCCAUUCCUGCCAAAUAGAGAAGAUGGAAGGGAUAUUGAAACUCACAUUAGUAUGUCUGGAGUUCCAUGCACAAAUCAACAGAAAAUAAGAAUAAAUGUAUUAUAAUUUAAAGAAGGAAAAAAGAAACAAAAAAACUACAAAAAAUAUAAAAAACUAGGUAAUUUAGAAUUGGUCUGUAUUCUUGUUAUUUGUAUCAGAAGAUUACAAGUACCUGCAUAUAUUAUUGCUGUAAGUCUGAAGGAGAUUUUGUCCAUGUAUAGUUCCAGUAAGAAAUUAUUUGCACUCUUAUUUUUAUAUUGUAUUCUUUGUAAAAAGUGAUAUAUCAUUUUAGCUAUGUUUUUGUGCACAAUACUUUUAUAUAAGGCCUCAUUUCUUCCAUAUAGAAGGAACAAGUUGCUGAAGUUUACUUCAUAUAUGUUGUGCAUUUCAAUGAAGCUAAGAGUUUUGUAUUUAAAUUAAGCUCACAAAAAAUAUAGCAUUUCUCAUGUCUAAGGACAAAAAGAAGGUUAUAAAACAGAAGUCAUGUUACUUUCAUUGUACUACAUUGGAAAUUCACAGUCUGUAUAAUGUUCUGAUUUAUGUUAAUCAGUAGAAAAGUGAAAUUUAAGUGUGUUUUUUUGUGAUACCUGAAUCUUAGUCUUUAGAGAAAGGAGAUACUGAAAUAACUUUAUGUAAAAUAUGAUAUACAAAGUCUGAAUUAGGAAAUGCUGAAGAAUUAAGAAAUUAUAUUCAUGAGUUAUAAAUAAUGAUAUUAGAAAUAAUUAAACCUGAGUUUAAAAUACCUUCGGAUAAAGGUAAAACAAAGUGCUUUGGUAGAAUUUGUAUAUAUGUAGGUUGUCUUUCUAAUAUAACUAGAAAUUGAUUAUAAAUACAGAAAAUUGCAACAUAUGUGACACUGCAUGAAGAAUAGUAAAUAUCAAAUACAGAAACUAAAUUCUUUAAGUGCAGGAAUAAAAUCUGCAAAAUCAUUUGUUCCCUCAAAAAAAAAAAAAAAAAUGGAAAAAGAAAAACUAUAUCAAAUAAGGCACUGAUAACUUUGAAUCUUGAUAAGCUAUAUAAUGUUUCAUAAACAUGUUACAAUAAUAGCAAACAGAUGAUGCUGAAGGCUAUGUGAUGCUCACACAUGCACACUCCAUACAAGGGAAAGGAAGGUGUUCUGUAAUUCAGGCUUUAAAAAUGUUAAGCAAAGACAGACUAGUUACUUGAAUGAAAUUGCACUGUGUCCAGUUGAGAAAUCCUCUUUCCUAUUUUUUCUCCUUUGUUACUUGAUAAUACCAGAGAAAAGUACUUUGGUCUGUAUCUUUAAAAUGUAUGUAUGCUGAUUGUGUUGAAAAGUUACCAAGAAAAUAUACCACAGGUAUAGAGUUAAUUGAAUUGUGCGACUAGAAUAUCAUAGUGCUAUGAAAUAUUUCCAACCAUGGAAAUGCCACCAGUGUUUAAAACAGGAAUCAAUUAUAUGGAAUACAACAGUUUAUUCAUAUAGAAUAUUCUUUUCUUUCAGAUACUGUAUUCUUUAAUGAGUGGAACAGUUGGCCUUUUUUUCCCACAUGAAUAGAUUCCAUGGAUUAAUUAAGAGGAAAUGCAUCUUGUAAAUGUAUUUACUUCUUGUAUGGAGAAGAUAUCAAAACUCUUUCUUUUUAAAAUGAGUUUCUUCAAGUUUAUAUAGUAGAAUUGUAGAAAUACUGGUUUCUUUAUACUGUGUAAAGGUCCAGAAAAUCUAUUACCGGAAGGAAUUUUCAAUGAUUUAUGUAGAGCACAUUAACUGCAAAAUUACCAUUUCUUGAACUUGGGUGCUGUGAAAUAGUAAAUACUGUAUAGAUUUGUUUAUAUGUACAAGAUAUGAAAUGCAUAAAAGUUUCCUAAUGCAUAA